UCCGUGUCCCCUCCCGCAGCCGCCGUGACCUACUCGAAGCCGCGCCUGGCCACGUUCUGGCGCUAUGCCAAGGUGGAGCUGGUCCCGCCGACCCCCGCCGAGAUCCCCCGCGCCAUCGACGGCAUGAAGGGGCUGGUCCGGGCCUUCCAGAGCGGCCGCCUGGCCCAGCUCACCGUCAAGGAAGCGCUGAGGAACGGCCUAGUGGCCACAGAGGUGGUGAUGUGGUUUUACAUCGGGGAGAUCAUCGGCAAGCGCGGCAUCAUCGGGUACGAUGUGUGAACACCCACCUGGCCGGUGCCAUCAGCGUUGCGGCGCCGGGUCUGUCACGGGGUCUGCCACAAUAAAGCCAGAAGCCCAUGUU